AUGCAUUUUUUAUCUUAUUUUUUAAAGUUUACUGUUAUUUCAGAUAUAUGAUGGUAUUUACGUGUGCUUGCUGAUCAGAAGCCUAAAAUCAGAAAUUGGGAGCCUUGGUUGACUGAUCAGGGAGAGAUACUAGCAGCAAAAAGCAAAAAGAACUCGGAACGGUUCUUGGUUAGAAAUACUUGUUAACAACAUGGAGGAUAUAAAAACUUUAUCUUGUGAUACAAGUGAUGACAAGUUUGCAAAAAGAUUGUCUUUAAUAAAAAAUGAAACUAAGCUCUCUGAAGCGAAAACUUAUUCUUGUAACAUUUGUGAAAAAGUGUUCAAACUCAAAGGAAGUCUAAAGAGACAUCAAAAGAUUCACACCGAAGAAAAGCCUUUUACGUGCAUCAUCUGCAACAAGGGAUUUGGACAGAAUGCGCAUUUAAAUAAGCACAUGAAAACCCAUUCCGAAGAAAAGUCAUUUUCCUGCACUAUUUGUAACAAAGGAUUUGUUUCAAAUGAUUACCUACAAGAGCACAUAAGAAUACACAGAGGUGAUAAAUCUUUUUCUUGUAGUAUUUGUGAUAAAGAGUUUGUUCAACAAUCUAAUCUGAAAGAGCACAUUAGGACACAUACAGGAGAUACUCCUUACUCUUGCUUUGUCUGUGAGAGAGGAUUUAUCAAGAAUUAUAACUUGAAAGUGCACAUGAGAUCCCAUACUGGAGAAAAACCAUUCUCAUGUACUGUUUGUAGAAAAGGUUUUACUCACAAACACACUUUAAACAAUCACAUGAAAAUUCAUAUCGAUGAAAAAUCUUUCUCUUGUGAUGUUUGCCAAUCAGUGUUUAGGCAAAGUAGUAAUCUAAAACGACACAUGAAAUCUCACUCAGGGGAAAGGCAAUACUCUUGCACUGUAUGCCUAAAAAUGUUUGCUCAAAAUAAUGAUCUAAAGACACACAUGUUCACUCAUACAGGAGAGAAACCACAUGCUUGUGUUAUCUGUGAGAAACGGUUUAGUGAAAACGGCAGUUUGAAGAUUCACAUGUUCACUCAUACAGGAGAGAAACCACAUGCUUGUGAUAUCUGCAAGAAACGGUUUAGUGAAAAUGGCACAUUGAAGAAUCACAUAAAAACCCAUACAGGUGAGAGACAACACUCUUGUGGCAUUUGCCUGAAAAGUUUUAUUCAAAAGGGUAAUCUAAAAACACAUUUGCGAACUCAUACAGGGGAAACACCUUUUCCUUGCAGUGUUUGUAAAAAUGUCUAUCGUCAGAAAAUUAGUUUAAACAAACACAUGAAAACUCAUGAUGUUGAUUUGCACUCGAGCAAAAAUAUGACAGAACUUUCAGAGGGAGAUAAAGAAUUUAAAAAUGAUAAUGAAGGAAAAUGCAGAACUCUGUGUUAAGAGAAAAGAAAGUAUGGCAGGAGAUAGAUCCAAGUUUGUUUGUAAACGAGAUGAUCUUGAGGAGGAUUCUGAAGACAUAUUCGAUGAUUAUUAUGGAGAAACUAUUGAGGAUAAUGAGAACAGUGCGAAACCUUUUGAAGUCAUAGAGGAUGAAUUUAGUGAAGAUAUGUCUGAUGAUUGUGUAGAGAACUUGGCUAAUAUUGAGGACAACAUUAAACCUUCUGAAUCUGAUGCUGUAAAUGAAUUAAUGAU